AUGGCCGGACAAGUGUCACCGGCCUCGGAGAUGGUAUCGGGUUGCGACUCGCCCUCAGUGAAGCAGGAAUGCGUAGCUUCCCCCGGAUCUGCACCUGGCCCCGGUGCUGGGUCGGGUGCUGGUGCUACGGCGACUGCAGCACCAACGACAGCAUCAGCGGAGCCUGCAAUGCCUGGCAAGAAACGAGCGAGCACAUCCUCACGAGGAGUCGCUAACCUCACGGCGGAACAGCUGGCGAAGAAACGGGCGAACGACAGAGAGGCACAGCGGGCUAUUCGAAAGCGGACGCGGACACAGAUCGAGUUACUGGAGCAGAGAGUGCGUGAACUGACUUCGCUACAACCAUAUCAGGAUUUGCAGGAAGCCCUGCGGCAGAAACACAUGCUACAAGCAGAGAAUAAUGAAAUCAAGCGAAGACUUGCCUCUGUCAUGGCAACUCUCCAGCCGAUUCUCAACCAUCAGUCGGGCUCACUGGCAUCGACAAUACCACCCUUGAGCCCUCACAGCGAGAUUCCACCCCCGAGAGCCCACGGGCCCAGUUCCACUCCCCAUACAGAUAUUCCUCCAACUCCACCGCCGCAGCCAGACUACCCAGGUUCUCAGCAUCAGGGACCACUGCAGGGAGAACCAUCUGACAGACGCCUACGGAACCCCGCGAGCGCUGAAUCUACAAACGGCGCUGGUACCUAUGCGAGCUCUCCUGCAACAAGCGUGAGUCCGUCUCCGUCAGCCUCCAGCCAGGUACAUAGUCACCGACAAAGCUGGCACCAGAACCCUCCCACUCGAAAUCCCGACCAUGUAUGGCCACCACAAAACCAACUCUUUGACUACCAAAAGCGCAAUCUUACGCAUAACUUGGAGCUUUCGGGGAACGGCGAGCGAUUGGGGCUGAACUUCCUCCUGGAUUCGACUCAGAACGUCCCCAAAAUCAACGACUUCCGCCUUACUGCUACCGCUUCUUCCACCAAUGGACCCUUGUCCUAUAACAGUCGCUUGAACGCUCCCUCAUACGGCGAUUCAGGCAUGUGUCCGCACUCCAUACCCAUCCGAAAUGUCGAGCCUACUUGUCCCUUGGAUGGCAUUCUUCUUGAUUUCCUUCGUACCCGGCAACGAGAAGCAGCCGAAGGUGUCCCGAAUAAACAGCUUGUUGGCCCUCCUUACCCCAGUGUCUCUUCCUUACUGAACCCGGCCAAAGGAAUUUAUUCACACCCGCUUUCAAAGGUUUUCACCGAUAUUCUCAGCAAGUUUCCAAAUAUUUCGAACCUCCCGGAGCAGGUAGCAGUUUUAUACGUCAUGUUUCUACUUAUGAGGUGGCAGAUAUACCCAACCCGUGAGAACUAUGACCGUCUUCCCGAGUGGAUAACACCACGGACGUCACAGAUCGUAACACCCCAUGCGGCCUGGAUCGACUACCUGCCAUGGCCACGUAUGCGGGACAGAAUGGUUGCUUCAUAUUCGGACUAUGACUUCUCCAACUGGUUUAUCCCGUACACAACGGGACUCAGUCUCAACUGGCCCUAUGAACCAACCGAUACCCUUCUAGCCACAAAUGACUCCGAUGAGCUAAUAAUAAACCCCGUCUUCGAACGGCACUUGCGUGACCUGAACAAUUGGUCUUUGGGGACCCUCUUUGCAAGUACAUACCCCCAUCUAGUUGACACAACCAAGAUCAUUCCUGAGUCCAAUUCUCAGAACAAGAGCCGAAAUAACGGCGCUUGA